AUGGCCGGUCCACCAGUCCCCUUUUCUGCGCUCCCACUCAACAAAGACGACUCGUCAACACGUCUCAACGCGUGGGGAGCCUACGGACCCGACGACGAAGUCGGGUUCCUCAACCGGCAAACGCCCGCCGUGGUGUCGGCGGCGGCGGCGUCCGAGAUCAAAACGGGGGUGCGCAUCCCGCUGGACGCGCCGCUGGACUUCCAAGGCGACAGGCCGCUGUUCGGGCGCCAAGUGUUCAAGAAGGACGUGUACCAGAAGCGGCCGCGCAUCGUGCACGACGACACGUGGCACUUCAACACGCAGUCGUCGACGCAGUGGGACGGCCUGCGGCACUUUGGGUACCAGGCGGCGCAGCGGUUCUACAACGGCGCGAGGGUCGAGGACAUCGCGGGCACGACGCCGAAAGGCCAGGCGAACCCCAACGUGCUGGGCAUCCACGGGGCGGUCGAGCGCGGCGGAAUCAUGGGCCGCGGGGUCCUCGUGGACUUCGGCGCGUGGCUCGAGGAGGGGCCGGGCAAGGACGUCGUCGGCGCGGAGGGAGGGUUCCACUCCUUCCAGACCAGCGGCAUCAAGUUCGAGUGGCUCCUCGAGACGCUCAAGUGGCAGAACGACACGCGGCCCCGCUUCGGCGACAUCUUGGUCGUGCGCAGCGGCUUCUUCAAGGCGUACCGCCGCCUCGUGGACGACGCCGACCCGGACUCGGACGCCGAGAUCCAGCGCCUCGUCAACUCGAGCCCGCCGGGCCUGGGCGGCGUCGAGCAGUCCGACCGCGUCCUGCGCUGGAUCUGGGACAACUUCAGCGCCGUCGCGAGCGACCACCCCAGUUUCGAGAGGUGGCCCACCCCGUUCGACUGGAGCAUGCACGAAGUCCUCCUUGCCGGCUGGGGCUGCAACAUCGGCGAACUGCUCGACCUGGAGAAACUCAGUGCCGAGUGCAAGAGGCAGAACAGGUGGACCUUUUUCCUCGCAAGUGUGCCUUGUUAUGUCCCGGGAGGGGUCGCGAGUCCUGUAAAUGGAGUUGCCAUAUUUUAG